GCGCCGCCAAGUCAGCCCCGCCGCCGGCCCGUCCCUUGGGGGAACAGGCGGCACUCGGGCAGGAGCAGGCAGAGCGGGGAUUUCCCUGUCUCCCUCGCUCGGAUCCCGUUCCCUCUGCCCCUCGGGGCACGCCGCCCCUCUCCCUCUUCCCGCGGCGGCUGUGGGCCGGGCAGGCUCCUGGCUGCGCGGCGGGGAGGCCGAGCACACGCGGGUGAAGCUCCCCGAGGCAGGCCGGGCGGUCGGGCUCCCUCACGGCAGAGCCGGAGGGUGAAGCCCCGGGGCUGCGGGUCCGGCGCUCCGUGUCCCCGCUGUGCGGGCCCCAGUGCUACGCCGCGUUUUUCCGCCUGAGUUGGCGUGCACCAGCGCGGCGCUGGUUGCCUGGGAGGAGCCGCAGUGUGCAGGCUGGGCAGGGCCGUGCCAGGCCGCGGGGAUCGCUCCCCGGGAGGUGUGCCCGUGUGCCCGUGUGCCCGGCGGGGCGGUGCCGGGCCCGAGGGGCUCCGGCAGGAGCUCUCCCGAGCCAGCAGGUGCGGGGCGCUCGGAGCAUGGCCGGUCCUGGCACAAAGGCGUCGUGGCUCUCGCAGCCCAGCGUGAAGAGCGUGCUGGUCUAUCGCAACGGGGACCCUUUCUUCCCGGGGCGCCGCAUUGUCAUCCACGAGAAGAAAGUGUCCAAUUUCGAUGUGUUCCUGAAAGAGGUGACGGGCGGCGUGCAGGCGCCCUUUGGAGCUGUGCGAAACAUCUACACCCCGCGGGGUGGGCAUCGUGUCCGACAGCUGGACGAGCUCCAGAGUGGGGAGCAGUACGUGGCUGGUGGCAGGGAGGCCUUCAAGAAACUCAACUAUUUGGAUAUUGGAGAAACAAAGAAAAAACAUGCUGAAGUCAAUAAUGAGGUCAAGCCAGUUACUCACAGCAGGAUCACCGUGUCAGCGCGUUUUCGAAAGCCUCUCCAGGAGCCCUACACUAUUUUCCUGAUUGCUAAUGGAGACCUUAUUAACCCUGCAGUGCGCCUCCUCAUUCCCAGGAAAACACUGAAUCACUGGGAUCAUAUUCUUGAAAUGGUUACAGGAAAAGUUACCCUCAGAAGUGGAGCUGUUCACAGACUCUACACUGUAGAUGGAAAGCUUGUUCAGAAUGGGUCAGACUUGGAGAAUGGACAUAUUUAUGUUGCAGUGGGUAGAGAAAAGUUUAAGAAAUUACCAUAUGGCGAUCUGCUGUCCAAAUCUACAACGAGAAGGUCACAGGGUUCCAAAACCUCUGUACUACCUCCAAUUGUGGGAUCUCGAAAGUCUAAAGGCAGUGGAAAUGAUUGGCAAUCUAAAUCCACCAGUGACCGGGGAGAAAACUGUUCCUUACCUCAGCUGACCAAAAGGAAAGACAAAAAAAGCCAGAAUCCAGAGAAUUCUGUGUCCAGACGACAUUUUUCAAACCACUCUACAAAAGUAAAACAGACAGUAAAAGCUUCCACAGGAAUCCUUCAGGAUAAUGGUGAAGAUAUUUACAAAGCCAGAGAAGAGGGGUCUGAAAUGUGGGGGGCAGUUGAAGUGCAAGAAGAUGAAGAUACUCUUGUGGAAGUUCCAUUGGACCAGAGACCAGCAGAAACUGUAGAUGAAGAAGAAAAUGUAGAAGAGGAAAAUGACAGAGGAGAGGAGGCAUAUGCAAGAGAAUAUCCAGAAGUGACUGGAGAGGAAAGUGGGGAAACUAUUAAAGAAAGAAUUGAAGUGGAAAAAAAUGAAAAGAAGUUAAAUGAAAAUUAUGAAGAUGAAGCAGGAGAAACACAGAAUGUUGGCCAAGCAGAGGAAAAGGAACCUAUCUAUUUAAAUGGCAAAAACCAUGAAGGAAAUGGUGAGGGAAUGGAGCAUUUGAACUACCAAAAUGAUCUUCAGCCUGAAGAAGAAAGAAAAGAGGAUUCUGGCAGUCAGAACCAGGUUGAUCCCGGUCUUAAAAAAACAUCCACAAGUCCAAGAGUGACAGUCACCAGCCCACAAGAAAGUGAAAAGAAUGACCAGAGCAAUGACUAUGCAGCAGUUGCAUAAAGAAGAAAAAUGUAAUGGGCACAAAAUGAAAAAAGAUAACACUUUAUUUAAAGUGUUAUCUUUUUGUGAUUGGUAAGGAAGGUUGAGUACCCACGUAAUGAGUCGUGAGAUGAUGAUGCCCUAUGGACUGAUGAAAAAACAAGCGUUUAUAUCUACUAGAAGAACAUAGAAUUAUAUUUACAGGGUGAGAUUUUAUGAUAGAAUUUGAGGGGGGAAAUACAAGAGUACUUUAUAGUAGUAUUAGAAGUAAAUGAACUGUUCUGUGGUAUCAGAUAGUUAGCAGCAACAGAACAACUACUAAAACUAUACUGUUCCAGGGAAAGGAAAAGAGACCUACCCAGAUUCAAUGUCAAAACUUCUUUGUCGAUUUGUUAAUGAAAAUAAACUAUUUUUUGCCUUUGAACUAGGACAUAUGUAGUUUUUCCUCUAAAAUUCCCCACGAUAGGUAUAAUUUCCAGGCAUAACAUUAAGAUAUGACUCAUAAUGGAUUUAUACUCACAGAAAAUGAUUUACUAUAAUGAGGGAGCAGUUCAAUUUUACAAAAUAGUCUAUUUUCAGUAUAUUAAUUAGAAUUAUUAGGUUUUGCAUGCAUAUAUAGCACUUAUUUAGCACUAUGAAUACAUGUGGACAGCCUGCAAUACUGUAGCUUGUUUCCAUUUAAAACUGAAAAUUUUGUUGAUUGUCCUGCACUGAUGCACUAAAUAGUGAAAUACUGUCAUCAUGAACAAAAAACAAAGGAAGAGUACAUAGUAGAUUAGUUUAAAAAUUUGAAUUUGAAUGGAUUUGUAAUUCAGUCUAAGAGAAGCUUGAUUUAUUAAUGAAAUAAAAAACCCCACAUGCCUGGAUUCAGACUGAAAUUUCCAUGAAACCAUUGCUGUUGAUGGAGACAUUUUAAUAUGUGAGACUUCAAGAUGAGCCCACCAAGCUUUCUGUAAAAGUCAGGAACAAUUAUUGCAUUUAUGAACCCUUUUCAUAGCCUUAAUGGUUGUGUGUCAUCAUCCUCUUGAGCAAACUGUCUCCUGAUAGGCUGUGGCUUAAUAUGCAUUAGUAAAUAAGGCAUUGAUCCACAGUAUUAGUUCUCUUAAUGACAUUGAUUCCAUUGCUCAUAUCAUCUCUCUGUUAGUAAUGGGAAUAAUUUGUAGUUCAUAGAAAUACAGCCCUGAGCAUAAUUUUAUUAAUUAUACAAAAUAAAUAGCGGGUUUCCUUAUUGUUAAUGCUAGUAAAUUAUUACUACAAGAAACAUAAUGUCAUUUUUGUUGAUUUCAAGCCAUUAAGACAAGAAUUACAUUUAUGAACAAAUUGAACUUGAAGCACUGUUUGAAGGAAUGUGGAGAACCACUUGUCAUAACUGAAACUCAAACAUCUUCCCUUCUUCUACUAGUUACUAAGUAUAUUUUUCCAAUGUAAUAGAAAUUUUUGGAGAUCCUUCAGCAUAUUUCUAUGCUUUGGCAAUGUAAGUAUAAAAGACAUGUUAAAAAAUGCAUGAACACGGUUAGAACAGUUUGCCCUGUGGCAUCUCUGAAUUGUCUGUGAAACCUUCUUGAAACCUUUGGUCUAUUAAACCUGUAGCUUCUGUUGAGCUGUCUCACAAAGAUCUGAGUGAAUAUUGCAUUUGUGAUCAGUUCAAAAUAAGCUCCUAAUUUAGCCAAGCUCUUCAGCAAAGUAUGCAUGCUUCCUUUUUUUAUGAUAGCAGUUAAGCCUAUGCUCAAAUAUAUUUGAUUUCUCUGGGAUGUAAAAAGACAUUUAUGGUUAAGCAGAAGUAAAAACUGACCAACUCUUCCCCCCCAACAACAACAACAAAAGCCUGAAACAGAAUGGAAAAAAUAACUGUGGGUGAUAGUGAGGUAAAAUGACACAGAUGCCUUUAUUGUUGGUUUCUAUUUAUAGCUUCUGAAUGCCAGCAGUUUCUGUCAUUUCUUUCCUUUCCAUAAAAGUUUGGUUUUUUCCAUGCUUAAAAUACUUACAGCUAUCAAUAGGAAUAAUUUAAAGGAUUAAAUGAAAUUCUAAGGAAAUGUAAUGUUAUAAUUUGCCUUCAUAGGAACAUGAAAUUGCUGUGAGUGUUACUCAACUUUGAAAAUGUUUCCCCCUCUGUUCUCUUGUAAAAAAGACAGGAUAUAUUUUGUCAGAAACGCAAAUCAGACUGUUUGGAAAUAGAGAUAUAACCAGUUUAUCAUUCACCUUGCAACACUGACAGCAUGAAUUUUGUAUCAGGUUCUUUUAUUUAGGGAAACUGUUUAUGCCUAACAAAUAAUUCUAGUAGAAAUGAAACAAAAAUGAUACAGGUGGUCUUGCUUGUAGUUUCUCUGUCAUGAUCUGCCGUGUGCGAUGGCUUAACUCAGUUUUACCUGAGAAAUACAUUAUUUUGUAAAGUUUAUGCAAUGUUAUUUUAUUAAGCUUAUGUACAACAAUUCUGAGGUUUUUUUUAAGAAUUUUUUUGCUUUUACUUUUAAAAAUAAUUUGCUAUUAAAGAGAACUAGUACUGA